AUGACGGAUACUGCCUCAUAUAAAUUCAACCACACGAUGCUAAGGGUUAAGAACCCUAGAGCAAGCAUUAAUUUCUAUAGCCAUCUCGGAAUGAGCCUGUUAUCAGAGUACAAGAUUCCGGAUCACAAACUGGAGCUGUACUUUGUUGCCGGCGACUCGCCCAUAUCCCCGGUUCACGGAAAGCACCAGAGUGACCGUGAGGGCGUGUUGGAGCUAAGCUACAGCUAUGGAAUCCAAAACACGACUGGGGGCGAUCAAGACCCCAAAGGUCUAAGCCCCGUCUGCAUAUCGGUGGAUAACGUCCAGGCUGCCUGCAAGGGCCUAUGCGAUGCUGGCUAUAGGAUACUGAGCAACCUUGAGGACGGCAGCGCUCAUGUUCUCGACCCCGAUGGGAAUUGGAUCAAGCUCAUUGGUCGAAACUCGAUGCGUCACUCCGACGACAUGGCUGCCACGGCUUGCAAAAGCUGCAAGGUUCAUCACACCACGAUUGGUGUCAGGGACAAAAAGGUAUCCCGGCAAUUCUAUGAGCAGGUCUUUGGCAUGACGUGCCGGCAGACACAGCACAGUACCAUGGUCGGUUACGAUAGCUACCUUCUCGGGUGCGGGCAACCAGGUACCACUGGGCCGAGUAUCGAGGACCCCCAACCGCAUGUGGAAUGCGAGGGGCUUCUAGAGCUCAUUGACACUCACAGCAAGGGCACAGAGAAGGAGGAUGGCAUGAAACACCACAGCCGCAACCGUGAGCAGCGUAAUCCUGGUCACGUUUGCAUUUCAGUGGAUGAUAUUCACCUGGCCUGCGAGCGACUCGAAGGACUCGGCGUACAAUGGCAAAAGCGCCUUAUGGACGGGCCGUUUCGGGUCGCCUUCAUUUAUGACCCGGAUGGAAACCUGAUUGAAAUUAUUCAGAACGAAAGGUACAAGCCUGUCAAGCACGAGGCUUGA